CCUCCAGGUCCCCGGCCCAAGGGGAUUUAUACCGAGCAGGCCCCGGAGCCAAGCACUGGAGUCGGGCGGCUGCCUCAAAGAAGGCAGAGGAAGAGGAGAGGACGGAGGACUCCGCUUGGAGCUGAAAUUCAGCGAGCAUCUCUCCUAGGCUCGUCUUCUGCCUCUGUGUAUCCGGGAGCUCGGCUGCUUGGAUAUUUCUAGUAUUCCAUAUCUCCUGCUCUUCAGCCCUCAGUUCCCAUGGCCAGAGGAAUCGGGGCCCUUGCGAUCCUCGCUGUCUUCUUGAUCCAAGGCUCCUCUUCGCUCCUGGCUCCCCAGAGGGCUCAGCGCCAUAUGGAGGGUGCCUUCACUAGCGAGCUGAGCCGCCUUAGAGAGAGUGCUUUCGUUCAGAGCCUGGUCCGCGCGCUGGUAGGCCUGGGGCCCAGGACUCAGAGACACUCGGACGGCACCUUUACCAGCGAGCUCAGUAAAAUAAGAGGGACCGCCCAGGUGCACCGGCUUAUCCAGCAGCUAGUGGGUAAGCGCAGGUCGGUCAGAGCGCCAGAGGAGGCCACUGGAAGGAGCUCCAGGGGGGAAAAUGGGCCCCUAGCCCCCUCCUGGGAGGAUUCACUCUGUUUGAAGUGGUUGCGUCUGUGCCUCGCACAAGACGGUGCAGUCCUUCGAGGGAGAUCCACCGGGAGUCCCUGUCCCUUGCUCUACAAAGUCAUUCCUUGGCCAGAGACUGAGCCUGAAAGGAAAGGAGCCUUUGUGUGGGAGGGAACUCAAAGCCAAAGAAAGUGGCGUCUAUGAUUCAAUAAUAAAAGAGCAUCUG